AUGAGGCUGCUCAAUACAAAAACGUUCCAGCUGGAGGAGGUCCCAUCCAAACCACAAAAGUAUGCUAUCUUGUCGCACACAUGGGAAGAGAACCAAGAAGUAGCCUUCGAGGAAAUGGGGACACCAACAGCAAAUAACAAGAGAGGACUCCGAAAGAUCGAAAAUUUCUGCAAACAGGCCGCAAUUGAUAAUUACAACUUCGUGUGGGUGGACACAUGCUGCAUCGACAAGCGAAGCAGCUCAGAGCUCUCGGAGGCCAUAAAUUCGAUGUAUGAGUGGUACAAACAUGCGGACAGGUGUUAUGCAUAUCUGAGUGAUGUGAAGGAUAGGGAUCCUACGCGACGAGAAUCUCAACUCAGAGUUAGCAACUGGUUUACGAGAGGGUGGACCCUCCAAGAACUCGUUGCCCCGAAGCACGUCGACUUCUUCGGCGAGGAUGAUAAAGGGGACUGGUUCUUUUUGGGAACAAAGGACGAUCUACGGAAUGUUGUAUCAAAUAUCACGAAGAUCGAUGCCAACAUUCUCAAAUGCAGCGAAGGGAUCUUCAAGGCAAGCAUUGCACAAAGGAUGUCAUGGGCAUCGGGAAGGAAGACUACGAGGCCAGAAGACAUUGCGUAUUGUCUUCUUGGUAUCUUCAACGUCAAUAUGCCUCUCUUAUAUGGGGAAGGCGAAAAAGCAUUCACACGGCUUCAGGAGAAGUUACUCGAUGUAUCGAGCGACCACACUAUCCUUGCAUGGUCU